UCCUGCUGCUGUAACCAGUUAAUCCCAAGUCUCAUAUUAACAACGAUCACAUCAUCUCAGAGGAAAUGCAUUCUGUGGAGUUAUUGAGGUCGAGCCGUUAUCGCGAUCUUUGUGAUAAUAUGUCAGCUGUCAGUUUCCUGUUCCACCUUAUCUACAGGCCUUUUUAGGUGAAUGUUGGGGAAGAAUGUCGUUUUCAGUAGUGGGCAGUACCAAGCUCAUAAAGCUGUUCCACAGUCAGGCGUUUGGCUUCAGCUCUUCUCUCUUGGAAGGACAGGACUGGUCAGUGGGUGAGCAGCCAUGGUUCUGUCUCACCUCUCCCUCCCCUUCCUCCUCCCCCUCCUCGUUUCUCCCCUCUCCUGCACCUCUCGGUCACCACCCUCCACCCGUGGGGUUGUCCUCCCUCGCGCCGCCCAGCCGGCCGUGGCUGCAGGUGGUCUCAUCCUGCAGGACCGGCCCUUCGCUGUGGUGUGGAACAUUCCCACGGAAGACUGUCACAGACGCUACAACGUCAGUCUGGACCUCGGCCACUUUGAUAUCGUGGAGAACAGACAGCAACGCUUCCAUGGACAGGAAAUGACCAUCUUCUACCGUGACCACCUGGGGAAAUACCCAUACCUCUCACCAGACGGCAGUAGGGUAAACGGAGGGCUACCACAGCUCAGCGACCUCUCAGCUCACCUCUCUCUCGCAAUGACGCAGAUGUCCGGUUUGCUGCAGCCAAACUUCAGCGGUUUAGCGGUUAUCGACUGGGAGGAGUGGUGGCCGUUGUGGGAGAGAAACUUUGGAACCAAGAUGGAGUACCAGAGGCAGUCCAAGCUACUGGUGAGACAGGAGAGACCAGAUUUGUCAGAGACGGAAACGACUGCGUUGGCAAGGCGAAAGUUUGAGGAGAGCGCUCGAAGGUUCAUGGAGGAGACACUGAAGUCGGCGGUCAGAGUUCAUCCCAAAGGACUCUGGGGGUUUUAUGGUUUUCCUGCCUGCUUAAAUAAGAAGAAGAAGACAGAUAAAAGCUACACCGGACGCUGCCAGGCGGGGACCGAAGACCAAAAUGACCGUCUGUCCUGGCUCUGGCGUCAGUCCACUGCUCUCUAUCCCAGCGUCUACCUGCCGCAAAGCCUGGCAGGAUCCACAGACGCAGCUCUGAUGGUCAGACACAGACUGCUGGAGGCUUUGAGGGUGGCGUCAGUUUGGCACCAUGGCAACAAUACUACACAAGCCAUACCAGUCCUUCCCUAUGCCAGGCUAGCGUUCACACACUCUCUCACUUUUCUUGAUAAGACAGACCUGGUGCACACAUUAGGGGAGAGUGCGGCGCUUGGAGCUGCUGGCGUGGUGUUGUGGGGAGAGCUGAAAUUUGCUAAAUCCAAGCAUCAGUGCAGCCUUCUCAGGGACUACGUACACACUGUCCUGGGUCCCUUCGUCCAAUCACUGAGUUCUGACAUGAAGCGCUGCAGCCUCCAACUUUGCAACGGCAAUGGCCGCUGCGCCAGACAACGCCUGACCUCAAGUCCAGCGAUGACCUCUGACUCUAAGAAAACCAACGUCCUCACUGGCUCAUUCAACGGCAAACAUUUUCACAACAAUUUCAUGUGUGAGUGCUACCCGGGCUGGACCGGGCAGGAGUGUCACCACGGAAACAGACAAAAGAGAAAAUGACCUGGACUUUUCUAACAAGGUGCAGUCACUAAAGUAACAUCGUUAUGUAAAAAUCUAUUAAAACAAAAAGAUUCCAGAAUUGUGUUUGAUUU